AUGGCAACUGCUUCUCCCGCCCCCUCUUACUUAGACCUCGCUGCUCAAAAGCGCGAUCGCCAGCUUGAGCUCAUCCCGCCGGAGUGGCGCUUAUCUUCGGUUCCCUCGGCAGAGUCAGCCCCCAACGCUCUAGAGUAUAUACGAAAGUUCCUUACGGCAGAGGAGCUCAUACUGACAGAAGAAACGGAUAUCACUGUUUUAAUACGCAAACUGUCAUCCGGGGAACUCUCCUCAUUAACGUUGACAAAGGCUUUCGCGAAACGCGCCGCACUAGCCCACCAAUUAACAACAUGCUGUACCGAGAUCAUGUUCGAAGAUGCCUUCGCUACAGCGAAAGGAAUGGACGAAUACCUUUCCAAAACAGGACAAGUCACUGGGCCUUUACAUGGCCUCCCAGUAUCCAUUAAAGACUUAUUCUCCGUCAAGGGUGUAGAUACAUCUAUUGGAUGGGUUGGCCUUACCAAUAAUCCGGCUCAAGCCGAUAAAUCUGUUGCCAGGACCCUGCGUCGUUUGGGCGCCGUGCUCUAUGUGAAAACCAACCUGCCACAAUCAAUGAUGAUGUCGGAUUCAUAUAACCAUGUCUUCGGACAAUGUGUUAACCCUCUCAAUCGCAAUUUGAUUUCAGGCGGUAGUUCCGGUGGCGAGGGGUCGAUUCUCGCUGCGAAAGCUAGUCCUAUCGGUAUUGGAACUGAUCUUGGUGGAUCAAUUCGUAUUCCUGCUGGUUUGUGUGGGUUAUAUGGACUUUCGCCUAGCCCCGGACGACACCCGUACGAGCGGGGAAAUCCGGGACAGGAUAUCAUUCGUUCGGUGGCGGGGCCUAUGAGCUGUAGCCUUGCCAGUAUUGAGCGGUAUAUGGAAGUUCUUCCUUCAGCGGCAUCUUGGGAACUAGACCCGCAAGUUGCUCCUGUGGCUUGGAGGGGUAGUCUGGCUUCUUUCCGGGGUAAGAGGUUGAGAAUUGGAUAUUUGAUUGAUGACGGUGUUGUGAGAUGUCAGCCUCCAGCUGAGCGUGCUGUGAGAGAUGUUAUUGAUGCAUUGAAAGCUGCUGGCCAUGAAGUAUUUGAAUGGGAUACAUCCUCGCAUAAAUACGCUUAUGAGCUGUGGGAGAAGGCUAUCUUGUCUGACGGUGGCGAGGGAUGCCAGAAGAAGAUUGGAAUGACUGGCGAACCUUUAAUCGAGGGUAUGCUGGUGGGAAAGCCGGAGCAUAUCCUUACAACCUCGGAAACACACCAGUUGAAUGCCGAUAAGUACACGUAUGAGAGCUCGUACCUCGAUCGCUGGACAUCCUCUGGAAUCGACGCUCUUAUCAUGCCUAAUACCCCAUGGGUCGGAUAUAAGCCGUGGACCUGGGUGAAGUCUAACAACUAUGUUGGAUACACUAGUAUCUGGAACUUGGUUGGAUAUGCAUCCUUGACUAUUCCCGCCAUCACUGCCUCAAAAGACAAAGAUAUGCCGUCUCAGGACUGGAUCAGUCAUGUGCCUCGUGGCCCCGGUGAUAAGUUCAAUAAGGAACAAUAUGACGUUAAUUUAGUUGAUGGUAUGCCAGUAGGCUUACAAGUUGUUGGUGGAAGAUUCGGAGAAGAGAAAUGCGUUUCUGUCGCGAAAGCAAUUGAGCAAGCCAUGAGAUGGAAAGACGGAGUUCGAUCCCAUCUCUGA